CUGUGUGGUGAAGCAUGAAAACAAUACGAAGAAGUUGUCACUACACAACCGAUCAGUUGAACGGUUCACAUUAGUGACGUGGCGUAAAUUAGUGACUCCACUUUUUUAGAAUUCCACUAUGACACCGGCCACGUCCUUGCAGUUUCUUUGGAAAAGAGAAGUUACCUAAAUAACACACAUGUCACAUGAAAGUAGUAAGUGUUGGUUGUAUAGAAGUUACUAUGGAUAACUUGUAACAUAAUGCUAGAAGUAAAUCACAAUGACUUCUAUAUAAUCAGUGCUAGCGCUGCCGUAACUCUUAUAGGGCAUGUGUGCUACUUGAGUGCAUCAAUGAGUAACCUGUGCUUACCUCUGCAUCUCCACAAUAGUUCAAAUAACGAAGUUUGAGUUUAGCAAUAGUGUCCACAUCUCUCUUAUUUUUUUUUGUUUUUGUACUACCUUUAGCUUCCACCAAAUGUGUCGAAAACAGAACAAAAAAGUAAAUGAAUGACGAUGACGUCACACGCCAACGAACAACAUGAUGUUCGAAGGCGAAAUCCGGUGAAAAUCCAGUGCACUUUCGGUUGCUGGAUGUAGUACAUAAAUGUGUCAUUUUGUGUAAAUACAGUAAACGUUCGAUAACUGCAACAUGUUUACGUUUCACUUAGCGAACAAAAUUCGAUAACGGAAAUGUCUGACAGGCGUCAACAAUCCAUCAUUUGCGAUUAAAUUAAGGUAAUCUUAUUUAGGAUGUUCAUUUGGGCUAACAUGGCGCACAACUUUGACGUUUGGUGGUGAGAUCAUUGCGAUUUUUUGCACCUACCAGACUUAUAAACCAUUUCACACUCAAUCUAGAAUUGCCUAAUCGGUUAUAUUUUGACGAAAAUUUCGACGAAAACAAUUUCGGAAGUUUCGGUAAUCGAUUUUACUGACUCAGUCCCCCAUACUGUCAAAAACGUGAGCAAACGGUAAACAGUCCAUUUUUUAUGUGUUCAUCUGUGCUAUUUUCAUCAUAAAUUUACUAUACUCUGUAUUCAAAAUGAAAUGUAUGCCUAGGUGUGUGCAGUUAAACUGUUUGCACCAACCAGAUGUCUACUGUAGUGUCCGCAUUAGGAGAAGCAGAGAAGAAGCAAUACCCAAGUAACCACGAGGCACUAUAAUUCACCUGGAGGCGAAUAUAAUGCUAUUAAGGAGCUGACAUGCGCUAUAUUGGCCGCUUAAUAGCCCUGUGAGCCAAAAGUGGCGAAAUAUAGUGCUAAUGGUUACUAGGAUAUGGUGAAAAAGAAGACCGUGGACUAGUCUAUACAGAGUCUACACGUUUGACAUCUUGCUAUUUAUAUAUCUGGCGUUCGAUUUGAAUAGGUCGAAUUUGCAUAGGAUUCACAGCAAAUAUACGACCUUUACUAAUCGAACGCCAGAUAUUUUCAAUUCUGGGAUAUACAUGGAUAAUUUUUUAGGGAAUGACUUACGAUAGAAGUUCUCAAAGCCAGUCUUGUUAGAGAUCACAGUCAUUGACACCUUUUCGUCGAUAUUCGGCUGCCUUUGUCUCCUACAUUCGCAACACAAGCAAUCAAACUACCGUACGAAACAAAAAUGUCAAAUGAAUGCGCUUGACCACGAUUGCAGCUUCGGGAGACGGUUCGGCUUUUAUUCCUGUCUUCUUCCACAAUGAGAGCUGUGUUGGCCAUAUGUGUGUCGUAUUCACUUCAACAAGCAAGAAUAAACUAAUAUUAACAUUCAUAUUCGGAAUUGGCUGAAAUUCAUACGAAAAGCUAGAAUUAGACAAAUGUCAUCGUGUCAGACGACAUUGAUUUGAUUUAUUUAUGUUUAUUGAUCUUCGUCCUACCGCUCGUGUUGUGUGUAAGAGGUAACGAUAGCGCAUGAAUGUAACAAAGCAAGCUGACACCCGACUGUGGCACCGAAAUGAAGGUAGUGAAAAGUGUCGAAUGUUUACAAGACUGCUCAAAGCAUUUAAAACAUUGUUUGGAAACUCCUGGUAAAAAUUCCGAAGAAUUUUCUGAAGAAUGGUGGAAUGCACAUUUUGUAGCGCCUGUGAUUGUUGUGAUUGAGCGCUAAUGGCCGCCACAACUAUGCUCACUUUCUGGUAAGGAUAAGCCGAUUUGACGUUUGGCUUGUGUCGGUUGGCAGCUGUUCGAAAAGGUCGAAAAUAAAGCUCAUCGAUCAGCUGUCAAACGACACAAGCCACACGUCAUAUCUUGCUAUCCCUACUAGAAAGUGAGCAUGAUUGACGGCAGUUAGCGCUCGUAAAUUGCUUGAUACUCUGGUUGAUUUCUUGAAGGAAUUUCUAUUUGAGCCUCGGAGAAAUUUUAGGCAAUAUCUGAAAAACAUACCUAAAGAAGCUAUGGCGGGAUUCCUCAAAGAAUUUUAUUGGAAGAAUUCGAAAAGAAAUUUCUGGCAGAACACCUCACAGAAAUUUGCAGGGGUAUCCUCAGAGGAAAUGUUGAAGGAGUUUAUGGAAAAACCUUCGAAUAAAUUUUAGGAGAAGCAUUUUUUCUACGAAUUAUCGUAAACAUAUCGGAAAAACUUUUCAAAACAAUGUUUUAAGAAAUUCCCUGAUAUAUUUAUGGAGUUUUUUUGUAUGAACUCCUGGUGGAAUUCUCAUAAAGUUUUGAAGAACUUUCAGAGGAAUGUUAGAAGAAAAUCCCGAAAGAAUUUUAGAAAAUCCUUGAAAAAAGCUUCGCAGUAUUUUUUUGCAUGACGUUUUAUAGAAAUUGCAGUAUAAAUCCUCGGAGAAAUUUAUAAAAAUUUUGUCUUCGAGGGUACUUUUAGAGCAAUUCUCGGAUUAGCUCCUAAAAGGAAAAUUGAUAGAGGAAUGCAAGAAAAAAACUCUGAAGGCCGAUCACUAUUCUGGAGAUUUUUUCGUAAUAACCCAUGGAGGAUUUUUUUAGAAACUUGUAGGAAAUCGCCGAAGACAUUUCUGAUUAAAUCAUUGGAGGAACUCUCGGAAACCAUGAGCAAAUUUUCGGUGAACUUUCGGAAGGAGUCUGUGUUGAAGCUGUCGGUGGAAUGUUGCAAAAAAAAUGUUUAUGGGAAGAAAAAACUGGAAGUAUCCCUAGAGGAACUCUUGAAGGAAAAUUUGCUUACAAAUUCUGAAGUUCUUUACAGCAGUUUCCAACGUAACUUUGGAAUGAAUCUUUGGUAAUAUUUCUUGGGGCAUUUCUCCUUCUCCAGAUUGGAACUCUUAAAAGAACACUUGGGUUGAAUUGCUGUAGACAUCUUUUGGGCUUUUCCUUAGAAAACUUUACUGAAAAUUUUCUCAUUAGAAUUUCCGGGGAAGCCUUCAACAGGGAUUCUGAAACAAUCCUCAAAGUAAUAUUUGCAUAAAACAUAUGGAGAUGUUUUUGGGACGUUUUACGAACGAAUUGGGAAAUAAUUUCCCAUGUAGAUUUUGAAGAAAUCCCUGAAAAAGUUGUGAAGAAAUUCUUGAAAAACCCCGUUCAAAAAAUCUGAGCAGACAUUUUGGUACAAAUAUUUGAACGUUGCGAAGAGUUUUUUUUGUGAAUCUUCAAAAGUAGUUCUUGAGAACAAGGUUUCAGUCGAGAUCGUAGCAGACUGUGCACGCGAGCGGCUGCGUUUUCGAAACUGAAUAUGGCCGGUCUAAUUUUGGGAACGGUCUUCCGCAAAUUUUACCUCGAAAAGUGUUUGCAAAUUGAUUAUCGGGUCACAAAUAGUGUUGAGUAAGAUAAUUCGCGAUUGUUAUGGGCGAGCGAGACGGUCCACAAUGGUCGGAAAAAGAUAAAGUUCGGCCAAAACUCUUUUUAUGUAUUUAUUCAAAGUUAUAGGUUGUCUAGAUAUGUUAUAUCGUAUUUUUAGUGUUUAAAAAGGGGUAUUCAAAAAUUACGUUACCUCAAUAUUUUCAAAAACGAAAGAAAUCAGUAAACCCCACAUUUUUUGCGUUUUUUGUUAGAAAAUCAUUUUGAAUUUAAUUAAAUGAUCAACUUUCGAGCAAAUCCAAUCAAGUUUGUUCAAAACGUGUGAAAAAUGUGGGAAGAUAAAUUUUAUUCCAGUCACAAAUGGAAAAAUGACGUAAAAUAUAUGAAAAAACAUGACUUUUUUAAAUAGCUCUAAUUUGAAAAACUGCAAAUUUCUGCAAAAUAUUUAAACGUUUUUAUGCGGCUCUAAGCAUGAUGUUUAAGAUGUACUAUUCGAAAUUGCGGCGACACGUGACGACACGAACCGUUUUCUUACUUAAAAAUUACCAAAAAUUGUUAGGUACAAUAUAUGAAAAUUUGAAAAGUUUUGUGGCAUAUUAAUUUUGCACCACACGUGCAUUCAAACAGUCAAACAACAAGCUUUCAUAUGCUGGAUAACAUAAAACAUAUAUUCCAUUCUCAAAAUAUUAUUAUUUUACUUUUUUCGAAUGGUUCAUUUUUCAAUUUUAUGACUUAGGCCACUUUGGCGGUGAAAAUGUCAUUGAAAUACAAAAGCUGGUAUGCUUUUAAUUAAGAAUUAUAAAACUACAAUCCAUUAACUUUGUUAUAAGGUGGAAUAUAGUUUAAAAAUAUCAAUUUCGUUUUUUGAGAGUUUUGGCCGCCCCUUUGUAUGGAGCCCGACCAAUGUGCGGUCGAGGAAAUAUGCGCCAUUGCUCUGUUGCUACUAAGAUGAUUAUCUCAGAUUCUACUUCAUAUUUAGCAACAAAAACCUAUUGUGUAUGCUUACUUGCAGUGCAUAUGCUGAUUGGUUUUCAGCAUCUUCAGUGCAACAGAACACGAGAUUACCAUCUUCAAAAUCGCGAGGCAAAUUGUUGAGGCAAGAUAGGAAAAAUACCACGGCGUCCCGUUUCACCUUUAGAGUGUUUGUUCUUAUUUCCAUCGGGGUGCCGGAAUUAUUCCUCAUUUUCGCGUAAUUUUCGUGUAUUUUUUGUGAUAUUGCUGCUGGAUGUCCGGAAGACGCAAAUAGAAGUCAGCAAUUCCGUCUGGAGAGUACUGGGAUUCCUAUAAUUUGAUGAGUUUGCUCCUAUAUAUCGUUUUGGUGCCUAUACUUUGGACUUAACCCUUCCACUAAUAACACCCACAUUCCCAUGGCACCUUGGCUUGAAUGCACGUAAAGGUCUCUACAUACCUUUCUAUGUGUCUCACUGAUCCUCCUUUUCCAUCCCUCAGCUGUCGCAAGGACGUGGCCAGCACAGCUUUCAACCGUUGGUGAAUUGUGUCUUAGAGUCAGUGAUUAGCCCCAAAUAUCUGUGCUUUGGUAAGGGACGGGUACGAGGCAAUCCUCAUAACAACGAUCUGGUAGGUCUUUCCAUCUACGAAUUUGUGUGACUUGCUCAAUGCUAAUACUAAUGCUAACUUCAGAAGUAAUUCUUGGAAGAGAUUGUAAAGAAAUGCCGGUAGUCAUUUCUCCGUGAAUUCUCAGAAAAAAAAACCUUCGAAAAACUAAUAGGAGAAUACUCAGACGAAUUCCUGAAAGAAAUCUCAAACCAAUUCUUUAAAGACUCUCUGUUCAACUUUUCAAAACUCUUGCAUAGAAUUCUCAAUUGUUUCUAAAGUUCUCUAGAAGAAUGUCCGAUUUUUUUUUUUGCUUAACCCAGGUACAAUUUGUUGUUGAACAAACGUUUUCACAACUCUUUCGAAGCAACCUCCAUCUGAAAAAAGGCUGGCCAGUGCGGGUGCAAUCCUUUGUUCAGCUCCAAAAAAUCUAAGUUUGGUGAUUUUGUUCAGCAUUCAGCUGAAUAAGGGAGCUUUGAAGGCUGAAUUAAGGCCUAAUAUACGCUUAAUCGAUAAUUAACCAAAUUUAUUUAUUGUAACCGAAAAUAAAAAAUGAACACGUUUAUGCACUUUUUACCUUUCACGAUCUUUAACUCCCGGAAUGGAAUCUUUAAAUAAUUUCUUAUGAAAAAAUGGCUUGGUCAGCCAAAGCAAAGUCAAGAAAUAGACAUCUGUACCACAUAAGGUUUCGAACUACUUGGGCACCAGCGUCAAUUACCGGAACCUCACAGCAAAACAAAUCAAAAUAUCACUUGUCGCAUAUUUUCCAAACGCACAUUCGUAGGUAAUCGUCUCCCGCAACAUUUCCACAACGGGAUCCACAGUCAAUGAGCUACACUUUCACUCUAAGGCCGCACAAGUGCAUAAAACAAAUAUUACACGCAGACGAGUGCACUUCGGCAGCACAAAGAUGGGUGCCGAAGUUAUUCCCCAUUUGAUGUUGCUGAAAGUUCGGCACUGGUGCCGAGAAUUGGUGCUGGACUCGUUCAAAAUCAACUUUCCGGCAGAAAAUCUUUACAACAAUCACUGUUAACAACAAGUUUACGCAAUAAGGUAUCUGAUGGAAGAAGUGGACGAAAACGGUCGUUUCGUUGUGAAUUUAGGUAAUGCACGAUUUUGUUUACCUGUAGUGCCGGAAAUGGGGUCAAAAACCCUACAACUGUGUACACAUUCUUCUUACAGAUAUAUCAAAAACUUAAGCUAAACUAGGCAUGAAUUGUAGCUGAAAAGGCGCUUUUGGCACAGCGAAAACUUGUUUCCAUCAGCUGUCAAAAAAAAGUUUGGUUAAGGGCUGCAUAGCAGAUGAUUUAUGCUACAUUACUGUGUAUGUUUAAAAGCUGGUUACACAAUCGAAGAAUACAAAAAUCAACUUGAUAUUCAAGCAUCCAUGUUUUGCUGAUCAAAGAAGUUGAACAAGUGAUACUUCAGGCCAAUAUUCAGCUGCAGUUGUGUUCAGCUUCUGGCGGGUAAAAUUAUUCCUCCUACAGCAGUAGAAUGUAGCACAUCUCCGUAGAACUUUUCAGUUGACAGAUCCAUGUAUGCCACUGUUUACAACUGCUGAACAAAGGCGCAAACGCUGAUCUGUCAUUUUCAUAGGAGAUCAGAGGCCCCCAAAAUCAGCUGAUUUUAGACGUUAAAUGAAUAGGUCCAUUUGCCAAGAUUUGAGAGCACGUCUGAGAGAGAUGAGACAGCUCACUGACAAUCACAAUGUGUACAUUUCUUCUUCUUACUUUUCUUCUACAACUUUGUGCGCCGCACAAUGGUUUAAAAAUAUGUUAUUGGUCAAAAAUAAUUUGUAUAUUGAGUUCGCUGCGACAGAGCAUGGCAAACUAAUGGAAACGUUGCGCUAGUAAAGGAAACUGACCAUCUGUAUGCGCACAUAAGGGCGAUGGGGUUUCUCAGUGCCACAAUUAUGCGAGAUGUAACUUAAUCUUCAAACACUAAACUUCAACUAAUAACUAACUGAUUUAUUGGCUUAAUUUCACUUCAUGGUAUUUUACAAUCUGUAACAGUUCACGGAAUAAUGAUGCACGGACGGUUGGUAUGUAACCCUAGACCUUUGAUACUGUUGCUAAUGAAUUGAUUCUGAUCCCAAACUAGUUACUGGACAUCUUAUAUAUGAUUUAAGGCUUGUUGUAUAAGAAGAAGGCUAUUCAAUUUAGAGCAUAAUGGUUUCUGAGUUCUUUGUACAGUAAUAAUGCAGUAUAUAAUACAAAGUGUGAGUAAAAACAUCGCAAUCCAUGACUACAAUACAGAAUGCACUUUGACGACAGUAGAUUCUUGCUAAUCCGUUAAUAAUGAAUGAAAUAUGCGUAAACACCAUCAUUAGUUUAUAUUUUUUAAUCACAACAAACGGAGCGAAAUUUUAAUAAGGUCUUUUGGAUAUUUGACCACUCCGAACCAUCAAUGUGUGAUUUUCUGUUCGGUUUGCUGUGAUAGUUUGUGACAAGUCCUCCUUUACAUUAUUGAGCUUCUCGAGAAUUUUUAGCAUUUCGACAAGUUUCUCUUCGACCUAUAUGCGCCAAGUUUUUCACUAGCUAAAUCACUAUUAAUCAGUGGUUUAAUGAAGUAAAAGCGUUGUUACCGUCAAUAAUAUCUUUGUUGUACAUUAUUUCCAGACAUAAAGACGUUCAAUGUUUUAGACAAAAAAUGGAACCGAACCCUAAGAGAGAUACCCGCAUAGAGAAAUACAAUUUGUAUUACAGUCCACACAGUAUGUCUCCUUUAUCUGUUACUAUUACUGUACCACGAACUGUUGUUUUUCUGUUGAAACUAUGAAACUCAAAGUGUUCGAUCAUAAAGCACGGUUUAUGUAAUACAUUCCAAUCUGUAACAACAUAUCAUAUUGUGCAGAAAUAGUCAAAUAAUAUAAGGAUGAAAACUCGGGAGGCAUGGUGGCAAUAUAGAAUAACCUUUUCUCAAACGGUUUGUGAUUAUAUUUUUCGCAACAUACCUACACAUGUGUAUUUCACUGUAUGCCACAUAAAUUCGACAGUUUGCCAAAUAGUUGCAUACAUUGGUAUUUGUAACGUCCGGACUUUGCAGUUUUCAGAUUUGUUGACAAAAAAAUAAAAAAUCUUUCGUGAGGUCGCUUGCCUGCUGAGUGAAAAACAAUCUGGAGUUUGCUGCGGUUAACGGUUUGAAGCGCCUGCAAAGCGAUCUGCAUUAAACAGAGGUAGGUUUUGCGUGAUUAUUUUAUUUUAUUUUUUUGUUGGUAUGUUUAACUCAUCGAAUCAAUUAUUUUACAGAGUUCGCGAACUUCGCGGGGCUCCGCAAAAGAGAGAUGAAAAACAGUCAUCCUGCUGUAUGUUUAAAUUGUAUGGGAAAUCGGCUUCCAUCGGAGGAAGAUCCCCAGUGGGCUUUAAUCGCCAUAGAUGCUACUGGGUCCAGGUAUGGAUGCCUCGCAAGUCGAAUAGCUCCAGCUCCAGCAGAUAUCACCAUGAACAUCAUCAUUGGCCAUCCGAUCGGAAUCACCCGAGGUGCCCGAGGAGGAUUUCAUGCACACAGGAUCAACCGCUUGGAUUUAUGCGUUGAGGACAUUCAACAAAAGUAAUGCGUUUUGGACGAGGUCUUGAGGAUGAGAUCGAUAAUAAAUAUGAAAAAUUUGAUUGAAUAAAAAAAAUCAUUGGAAAUAAUUAGCUUUUUAUUUUAACUGUUUCAAUACAAUUUAACCAUAUACCAUACAUUUCAAAUACCAGAGACGACAAUAAAUCAACAAUACCACACACAGUGCUCAUUCUUUUUUAUGGUUUAUUGUUUAACUGCUCUUCAACCAUUUGCUAUGCAGUGAAUUGUCUGAAAAAGUGGAUUAUAAAUUGACCGUAUGCUUUACUGUUUUGCGAAAAAUUUGUUCGGGAAAAUGGGCGAUUUUUUAUGGUAACCUAUCUUAACCGCCUAUUCCACAUACUGUAAAUUGGCGGAUUACUGUUUGUCAAAUAGGCAAAUCUGUACAUGGAAUGGUUAGCUUACUGUUAUCUCCGGCAGUCUGAGAAAUGGUUAAUUGACAAUUGCUAAUGGUCACAUACAGUAUGGGAAACAAUGCAUUUACUGUUCAUGAUUAUGCGGGUAGAGCUCUUGGCGCGAACCAUUUUGACACUUGUUUAUUUACAUUUUGUAUGGCGCACAGCCCGGCGCAUGGGCUGUCGGCGCACCAAUUGUUGGCCGGUAUGCGGAUUUCAGAAAAGAUUCGCAAUAAGUAGCACGCAAUCGAAGCCAGCUGUCUCCUCUCUCUAAGGCCAGGAUCACUCACUCGCUUGUUCUCGAUUUUUCGAACUGCUUUCACCACCAUUGCUUUGGAAUCUUCGAAUUUGCCUCUUUGAGUACGCUGGUCAUAGUUUUCCAGUAACUUCAUCUCGACAAAAUGCAUCGUAAAAACUUCCUUUUUACCUUGUAAUAGCAGCAACCGUGUUUUCGUAUGAUGCUGACAGACUUGCAAGCACGGUGUACAAUAUUCAGAAGGUGAUACCUUCCGCAAUUCUGACAGUUUUUUGAUGACGUAAUUCAAAUCGUUCAUAGGCGUUAACACAAUGAUCUAGUACUCCACACCACAUUGAUCAACGUAAAACAAUAAAAACUAAAAACGACGUCACAUGUUUACAUCCAAAAUGGAUGUUUACAUAGGUUACUAGCCUGCCUUGUGAUCUUUAUGCCGUGCUGGCAAGUAUAAAAGCCGCCUUCAUAUCCUCAUCCAUGUGACAUUCCACGUUCUCUAUCUUCUCAAAGAGCUGUUCUAAAUCCAUUAGAUGACGCAAAUCACCUACCUCGGAAAGUUCUGUUUUCGAUAUUCUCUGGAUCAGAGCAACUUUGCAGCAACCGAUGCACAGUGGCUUAUUUCAAACAAAAAAACGGACGCAUUUCAGCAACGCGUUUUCAGUUUAUGGAAAAUAGGGUAUCUUAUGUAAAAAAAUCCGGGGAAUCCGAUGGUGCCAACCCCUUUCCGGAAAAAUGACAAGAAGUGUCCCAUUUUGCCCCUUUUCUCCUAUAAAUUAGACAUAUUUUGAUAUAUUAGGCCAUAAAGAAGCAUUCUCAAGAUAAAAUCAUGCAAUAAGUAUGCAACUUGACGUAAAAAAGUCCAAGGAAUCGAAUACCGGUAUCCCCUUUAUUGUCAAGCAUCGAUAAGUGGCCCAAUUCACCCCUAUUCCCCUAUAAGUUGAUCUUUUUCAAAAUAUCGAUUUAAAACAAAGCACAACUUUGAUAAAGACAUUCCAAAAUGAUGGUACCUUAUGUAAAAUAGUCUGGGAAAUCGAAUACCGGUGUCCUCUUAAUUUUCAAAUAUCGAUAAGUGGCUUAAUUCACCCCUAUUCCCCUAUAAGUUGAAUUACUUGAAAAAAAGAUCUAUUACAAUUCACAAGUUCGAUAAAGACAAUAUAUAAUUAUGGUAUCUUACGUAAAUAAGUCCAAGGAAUCGAAUGCUGGUAGCCCCUCUAUUGUCAAACAUCAAUAAGAUGUCCAAUUUACCCCUAUUCCCCUAUAAGUUGAUCUUUUUCAAAAUAUCGUUUAAAAAAACGAUAAUGCAAUACAAAAUGAUGAUACCUUACGUAAAAAAUACCAAUGAAUCGAAUGCUAGUAUCCCCUUUACUGUCCAUCAUCGAGAAGUGGCCCAAUUUACCCAGAUUCCCCUAAAAGUUGAUCUUUUUCUAAAAUAUCGAUUCAAAACAAUGCACAACUCUGAUAAAAACAUUCCAGAAUGAUGGUACCUUAUAUAAAAAAGUCCAAGGAAUCGAAUGCUGGUAUCCCCAUUAUUGUCGACCAUCGAGAAGUGGCCCAAUUCACCCCUAUUCUCCUAUAAGUUGAUCUUUUUCAAAAUAUCGUUUUAAAAAAGGUACAACUUCGAUUAAUACAAUAAAAAAUGAUGGUACCUUACGUAACAAAGAUCAAGGAAUCGAAUGCCGGUAUCCCCUUUAUUUUCCAUCAUCAAGAAGUGGCCUAAUUUACCCCUAUUCCCCUAUAAGUUGAUCUUUUUCCAAAACAUCGAUUCAAAACAAUGCACAACUUUGAUAUAGGCAUUCCAAAAUGAUGGUACCCUAUGGAAAAAAAGGUCCAAGGAAUCGAGGGAGUAUUCCAUUUAUAGAGCGUCCAUAAAUGAUGUUACAUUUUAGGGGGGAGGGGGGAGUCUGGGGUUGUGUGACGAGCCAUGUAUUAGGUAUGGGAAAAUAUGCUACGCGGAGGAAGGAGAGAAAAAAUUCGGCCAAAGUAAGCUACGUUAUUUAAGGACGCUCCCUUAGGGAUCGUUUAUAAACCACGUAGACCUAAAUUUGGUAAUCUCAUACUCUUUUCUCCCCCUCGUAGACAUGUGUCCAUACAAAAAUAAAAUAAAAUUUGUAUAGAGCGGCCCCUUGCGUGUCGCGUUGCGUACUUUUACGGCCACCCAUGAGAAUAUUCAUUAAUUAUCUCUCUCUCUCACACACACAUACACACACACGGACUGACCAUAAGGAUAAUGCCAGAGUGUACGAGGUGUGACACGACACGCAAGAAAACACACGCAACACGCACACAAACUCCACAAUUAUCAAUGAACUGUCAAAUCGUAUGAGUUGCAUCACAUAGCGUUGCGCGUUGCGUCUAAACAACAAGCUUUUAUUUACUCGCUUAUUUACGUAAACCUUCAAAAUGAAGAACGAAGAAGUUGUGGAGAUUUAUCUGCGUGUAAAGCAAGAUCGCGAGUGUUUAAUAAAGCAGCUUAUCACAGAUGGUGUGGCGAAUCAGAAAGUGCUGUUGCCUGCUGUUACAAAGUGGAUUAGAAACUUCCGGAACCGCUGGAAAUUGUCGCAUGGGAAACAAAAAUUUUAUGAGAAACAUCAGGACUGGCUGGCUGAAACGUUCACAGUAAGAUAUACAAAAUAUAUUGGAUAAGCAUUUUUUUUCAAACAAAGUUAAAAAAGCUAUAACUAUUUAACGGGUGCAUAAUAAUAAGGGGUAUGCAGAUUAUUUCAUUAUCGGAAUCUACGUCCAAUAACUAGUCGAAAUCCAUAAUUUCAUAAUUUUUGGUGCGCUGGUACUAUUUUCUAUAAAGCGAAUUGAAUUAAAUUCUAUAUGCAUUUAAAGUUUGUAUGGGGAUUUUUUUUUUUUUGUUCUUGGCGAACUGUUAUUUUAUCGCUAGAACUGAAAUUCUAUCCACGGAAAUUUACUGUUUAUCAAAACUACCAUCAUACGAAACAAAAAGCUCUGUUGAUUCAGCUAUAGAAAAUAGCAAUAUUUUAUUAACUAAACAGCCCAAUUCUUAAAAUUCAACUGAUUAUCGAUCAUUUUUUUGUACAUAAAAGGUACAAAUUUGGGCUCAAUUAGGAAACCCUUUCGCAUAGUUGGACCAGACCUUGCAAGAAAACGAUAAGAGAUAGAAGUUUGAUGUCAAAGAACGAAUUGUAGAGUGAAACAGGGGCCACAACUUUGCCUAAGAAAGAAUAUUAAAUUAUUACGCAUUUUUGAAAGACAAUUUACAAAAACCCUUUAAAAAGUUUGCACUCAGGAACCUAACACCCUGCAUAUAAAUGAGUAACAAAAAUCAGGAACGAAUGAACAGAUCAGUAUGAUCUUGCAUGGAUCGAAUCGUAUUCAUGGCGGCUGUGUUAAUAAAUUGAAAAAGUUACGAAAAUCGUCUAGAAACGUGUGAACAUUGUGAAAAUACUGAUUUUUUAUGAGCCGGGAAGAAAUUCAGCACGAUCUAAAUGAAAUCAAUCUGGAGUGCGGUGAUGCGAUGAUCUCAACAGUUGUCAAACCACAACAGUUUGGGAACACUAAGUUUGCCGAGACAGCAAUUAUAUAAUGUACCUAUCUUUAUAAAGGUGUUAUGUUACAUGUUGCUUUGCACUUUCUUACUUUUAAACUAGGUCGCAGAAAUUUCGAAGAGCAAACGUGGUCCGAAAAACAAAUGCUUCGAGGAUCUUUCCGAGAGCUUGAAAAACAAGCAAAGCAAAGCAUUAGCCAAUACGGAGCCUUUGGAAAAGUUGUUGCGGGCAGCAGAGAAACUGUGUAUGCAUAGCGCGUCUCCUGGCAUGGCAAAGGUGCUCCGGAAGCUGAGGAUGCAUGGAGAGGAAUGGGCGCUCAUAGUUUUGAAGAAGGACAAGCAAAAAGAGUUUGUUAAGCCAGUAGCGGAGAAGUCGCUGCGCUUUAAAACUCGACUGGGCUUGACACGUAGGAAGUAUGAGAGCGUCAGGAAAUACACGAAGUCAAUUUAUGGUGGGAACUGCCUAGUUCCAUGGGAAGAGGCGAUGCAGUACAGAGAUUCCAUCAUUCCGGCAUAUGAUCCUCCGGUUUGGGAGAACGGAGUUUUAAUCUCUAGGGUCGCUCUAAAAGAAAUGGUCGUGAAUAUAAUUGAGAGAUUGUUAAGCAUUGAGAAAGUUCAGGAGGCUGCAACCAUGACUAACGGUGAUCUGGACUGCGUAUUGUUCCUGUCAGCUGGCGUAGAUUCUGCGACUGGAUUCAGCCUGUAUAGUCAAAAAGGAAUCUUAACGAAGGACAAUUCGCUGCUCACCGAAUGCGUGCUCCCACUAGCUUUGGAGACUAAAUCUGGAAAAAAACUAUGGACCAACCCCAACCCACAAUCAGACAAAUUUUGCCGGGCCAUGUCUAUGAGCUGGCAAAAAGAAACUGAUUUCGUAACACGGGAUUUGUUUGACGGAUUUUAUGCAGAGGUUGAUUGUAUCGCGGAAAAGCCAAUAGUCAUGGAAAACGGGGUAUUAUAUCUUAUAUAAUGAAAACUUUUUUUUUUUGUUUUUCAUUGCAUUUAUAUUUUUGCAGGCAGGAUCGAAGAUGAAUGUCACGGUUUCGGCGUUUUACUCCAUGAUUGACGGCAAGGUAGCUAAUGCGGUGAAUAAAAAUAAUGACACCCAUAAGUGUCCUCUUUGCGUCGACGGAGCUGACAAUCGGAUUGGACCGUCUUUUUAUCAUUGUCGACUUAAUUGUGUAGAAUGGCUAAUUCGGGUCUCUGGUCAGCUGCACAUUCCUGGACAUCCCGCUCAAAAAGACACGAAAGUCAAGGAGAAAAGGAAGGAGAUAACCAGGCAGCUGGAGGACCAUUUUAAUCUUUUGAUAAAUAGGCCAAAAAUCGGUGGAAGCGGCUCAUCCAAUAAUGGGAACACGGCUCGAACCCUUCUCGCUGAUCCAAAGAACUUCUCCGCCAUUUUGGGAAUCGAUCAAAAACUGGUUGAAAACCUCAGGAUGAUAAGUUCUUUGGCAUUGUCAUCUAAAUAUCUUGACGCCGAAAAAGUUGGACAAUUGUAUACGCAGCUAGAGCAGCAGAUCUGGAAACAGUUCCCAUUCCUCAACAAAAAAAUACCGCCAUCAAUGCACAAAUACUCUCACCUUCCAGAGUUUAUCGAAAGAUUGCCAUAUCCUCUAAGCUUUGCGGAUGAGCAAGCAGGUGAGAGGUGCCAUAAACGGUCAAAAUAUGGUCGAACGCAUCUUUCUCGGAAAACGUCACCAGAAACUAACUUGGAAGAUAUGAUGCGUCUCUCAUUAACUUGGUCAGACCCCAAACAUGCUGAUCAAGAUGUGCGAGAAGAACGCAAACGUAAAGCUGUGAAAGAUGAGCUGUUUGAGCGGCAGAUGGCAUUUUACUAUUCCGAGCAAAAUGAUAAAAAUGAGGACAAUGAAGAAGAAAUUAAUGUACAGAGUGAUUGUGAGGAGACGAUGUACGAUGAUGAAUCUAAUGAAAGUGAAGAGGACAGCGAUGAGAACUUUACCGAAUAAUAAAAAAUAAAUGAAAUUUAUUACAUUUUUGCACAGGUGCAAAAUAAAGAUUAAAAUUCUUCUCAUUUUAUUAUGCAAAAAAAUCUUUGACGGACACCACUUGAUACGAUUUGGGGAAUUGGGGUGAAAAAAAGAGGUGGAUUGGGCCUCUUAUCGAUGUUUGACAAUAAAAGGGAUACCGGCAUUCGAUUCCUUGGACUUUUUUACAUGAGGUACGAUCAUUUUGGAAUGUCUUUAUAAAAGUUGUGCCUUGUUUUAAUUAGAUAUUUUAAAAAAGAUCAACUUAUAGGGGAAUAGGGGUAAAUUAGGCCACUUCUUGAUGAUGGAAAAUAAAGGGGAUACCGGCAUUCGAUUCCUUGAUCUUUUUUACGUAAGGUACCAUCAUUUUUUAUUGUAUGAUUCGAAGUUGUACCUUUUUUAAAACGAUAUUUUGAAAAAGACCAACUUAUAGGAGAAUAGGGGUGAAUUGGGCCACUUCUCGAUGGUCGACAAUAAUGGGGAUACCAGCAUUCGAUUCCUUGGACUUUUUUAUAUAAGGUACCAUCAUUCUGGAAUGUUUUUAUCAGAGUUGUGCAUUGUUUUGAAUCGAUAUUUUAGAAAAAGAUCAACUUUUAGGGGAAUCUGGGUAAAUUGGGCCACUUCUCGAUGAUGGACAGUAAAGGGGAAACUAGCAUUCGAUUCAUUGGUAUUUUUUACGUAAGGUAUCAUCAUUUUGUAUUGCAUUAUCGUUUUUUUAAACGAUAUUUUGAAAAAGAUCAACUUAUAGGGGAAUAGGGGUAAAUUGGACAUCUUAUUGAUGUUUGACAAUAGAGGGGAUACCAGCAUUCGAUUCCUUGGACUUAUUUACGUAAGAUACCAUAAUUAUAUAUUGUCUUUAUCGAACUUGUGAAUUGUAAUAGAUCUUUUUUUCAAGUAAUUCAACUUAUAGGGGAAUAGGGGUGAAUUAAGCCACUUAUCGAUAUUUGAAAAUUAAGAGGACACCGGUAUUCGAUUUCCCAGACUAUUUUACAUAAGGUACCAUCAUUUUGGAAUGUCUUUAUCAAAGUUGUGCUUUGUUUUAAAUCGAUAUUUUGAAAAAGAUCAACUUAUAGGGGAAUAGAGGUGAAUUGGGCCACUUAUCGAUGCUUGACAAUAAAGGGGAUACCGGUAUUCGAUUCCUUGGACUUUUUUACGUCAAGUUGCAUACUUAUUGCAUGAUUUUAUCUUGAGAAUGCUUCUUUAUGGCCUAAUAUAUCAAAAUAUGUCUAAUUUAUAGGAGAAAAGGGGCAAAAUGGGACACUUCUUGUCAUUUUUCCGGAAAGGGGUUGGCACCAUCGGAUUCCCCGGAUUUUUUUACAUAAGAUACCCUAUUUUCCAUAAACUGAAAACGCGUUGCUGAAAUGCGUCCGUUUUUUUGUUUGAAAUAAGCCACUGUGCGAUGAGUUCUUGAUGUAAUAGGUCCGCAGCCUAAUCCAAGCAUCCUCAGCAGUUACCGCGUCCUGAAUCAA